AAGAUUUCCCGGUUGAAUGAGCAGAUUAAAAUCAAAUUUAUUUUAGUCCGAAUCACAUGCAAUAUUCAUUGCUUGUCAAAACAUUGACUUUCUCUUGAUAGUGGCGUUUAUGGAAACAAGUUAUGAAGACCAGUAAAAUUUCAGUUUCGACAGUCAGUCUUUCAGUUGAAGAAAAUGAAUUCAAAAGAGUCGCAUAUGGGAAAAUCUUGACUUUGACAUGUCUGUUUACAAACCAGUGCUAUGGUGUGAAGUUUAUUGUGCUAGCGAACUCUUUGCAUCGGUAGAGUCGCAGCUUCAUUGAUAACAAAGAAACGUGUCAGAUGCAAGUUUGAAUUUCAUAUCCUACUUCUCUCUACUUUAUUGCUAGAAUAAAAACUCUUGAAAACAUACAAUAAUAAAUAAUCAAGCCUAACGCAAAAACACAAGCAGCAUUAGUUGAAAUUGAAGAAAAGUGACAAAUUUAGCUUCAUCGCAGACGUCAACUAAACAAGCUACCAUUUGUUAUCUCUACGGGUGCAUCAGAUGAACCUAGGCCAUGAUAAAUCAAAGCCCUAGUGCCCAGGACCUGCUGGUAAACCUUUGUACAUGCUCCAAUGAAUCCGUAUAAAGCCACUCAAGCAUGUAAGUCAGUAGGCCCUAAUUUAUCAGGGAAAGCUCUUAGCAACUCAAAAUACUAAAAUUAAUUGUUUAUUUAAAAGAAAUGAAGAAUAGAUUGCUGCUUUUGCAUUACCUAUAAGCAUAUAGUCGUCAACACGUGCCUGGGCAGCAUUGGAUUCAAUACAUAGCUGCAAAAGGGAAUUUGAAAUUUGAAUUCACAGUACUAUUUAUAGAAAGGUUUUAGCAAUUUGCGGAAUGUAAAGAAAAAUGAAAACUAUGCGAAGACUGGCUCUGUUGCUACUUGUUUGGCUAGCAGACUUUUUCUCGAACGGAAUUCAUGCACAGCAAGAUGUCGGUGGGGCUGAUGAAGUAGACGGCAAUAUCCUUGAUAUCAAAUUUGUCUCUAUCGCUGCUCGAGAUAGGAAACACGAAAGAAAUAAUAUACAAAACAGAGUUGCACAAGUCCCUGUUAACUUUAUUGGCGAGAAGCGAGAUGGCAUGGUAUUGUACCCAAGAUCAUCAAAACCAAUCAAUUAUCCUAUCAAGGAUUUGUUUCCGAAAGACAGGGAAGAAGAGAGUGGAUCUGGAAGUGGGGAUUCAGCAGCAAAUGCAAAAGUUGACCCUGCGGUGGCAAAUCGCAUAAAAGCGCUUGAGCAAGGUUUACGGCUAAUGGCGCAGAAAGUUGUCACACAAGAUCGCAAUAACCAAGCCCUUGCUGCAGCAUUGCAAAGCAAACAAAUGCAGGAAAACCAGGAACUGGCCAUGCAGCAGCAACUGCAACAGCAAAAGGCGGCACAGGAACAAAAAGCCGCCCAGGACCAGCAAGGAGCGCAACAAGCAGCGCAGCAGCAACAACAGCAGCAAGCCCAAUCACCUCAGGUGAAUCCAGCUUUGCAAGAGGCAUUCAAAAGCUUGCAAAACAAUAUCGCCAGUUUAGAAGGGAAGAUCAAAGCUUUGCCAGAUCCGACAGCGCUAUCAAGCCAAACCUCACAAACAGCUGCAAAGGUUGAGGAGCAAGCGGCAGCCAACGAUUAUUUGUCGACUGCUGUUGAGAGGCUGCAAAGCAUGGUGCAAGGAAUAGGUGGGAGGCUGUCGUCCAUUGAAACUAACAUUGUAAAUAAGCCACAAGUAGAUAAUGGCAAAACACAGUUGGUUAAAGCAUUAGGAGGUGGCCUUAACAACCUGCAGGAAACUGUGCAGUCUCUCGGAUCGAAAGUAGCUGAGAUUGAUAGCAAAGUGGAAGCAAACAAGAACAAUGGUGGAGCGAAUGAUAAGAAUGGGCAAGUGACAGCAGAACUGACAGGAAAUAUAGGGAAACUGGAAACAGUAAUGACUGAUUUAUCACAGAAAAUCAAGGAUCUGGCAGCGAAAGAAAUCGAGAGAAACAAACAGCAAAGCACCAAUGACAAACAAGCACAAGCAGAAAAAAUAAACAACGAUGCCAAGUUAGAAGGCCAGAUGAAAGCCCUUGGAGACCAAAUCCAAGAUCUUGCGAAUAAGGUAUCUAGCUCUGCAGGUGCAGGACAAGUUGCAGCUGCACCAGCAGCUGUACAAAACGGAGGUGAUUCUUCAGCAAAUAAGGUGAAUCAGGAGUUGAUAAAAAAUCAAGAGAAACUUGGAAACGAUGUCCAGGCUAUUCAGAGCAAUGUUCAGAAUUUGGCGCAAGUAAUCUCAGAUUUGAAGCAGCAGGCAGCUGCUACUCCACCACCUGCGCCACCACCACCUCCGCCACCUCCCCCACCUCCUUCACCACCACCACCACCACCAGCACCAAGUGGAGUAGAUGUGGCAGCAGUUGCAACCAGUAUCCUUGGCAACGCUGUCAAGGUUUUCAAAGACGUAGCUGCGGCAAACGCAGCUUCUGCAAGCUUGAGGCCUGGUGGGAUAGGUGGCGUAAGUGGAGCGGGAAUACCAUCACCUUUGGCUGGUGCUCUUGCAGCAAAUAUGGCAGCAGCAGGUGGGGCAGGAAAUCUUGGGGCUUUGGGUGGAUUUGGAGGAGCCGGGGGCCUUGGUGCUGGAGUAUCCGGAGUUAUUGGUGGAGGCCUCGGUGGUGGGGUAGCUGGAGGUAUUGGUGGAGGUCCUGGUGGUGGGGUAGCUGGAGGUAUUGGUGAUAGCCUUGGUGGAGCAAAUGCAGGGUCGUUAGUUGCUGCAGCUCUGCAAAGUGGUGCACUUCCAUCUGUUAACAACGCACUUCAGGCUGUAGCACAAAACCCACAACAAAUACAAACACAAGUGGAAUUUAAGCCUAUGUUAAUACCCCAGUUACAGCAACAGCUCAAAGCAUCUAAACUCCCUGGUUUAGUCACUGGAAGUUUAGGAGGAAGCCUUGGACUGGGGGGUUUAGCUGGAAUUGAUGCUGAAUCUAUAAUUGGAAAAUUGAUCAAUCACAAAGAAGGGAAGUCAAGAAAAGAUGAUGAGGAAAAGAACGAGCAGAGAUCAAAAAUAAUCAUGCCAAGUGAAAAAGUAGAAAAUUGGAGCGACAUAAUUGAUAAGCACAUGUUAUUUAGAAGGGACAUUGAAGGUGCUAAAAAUCGUAGCAGUAAUUCAUCUUCUGAUUCUAUUGCAAAGCCAGAAAAACACUUUUUUCAUAGACUGAUUUUGAGUGGGUCAGAAUUAAAAGCAAGCAAAAGGAUGGAAAAGAAACCUAACAGUGAUAAGAACACAUUUCAUAGUAAAGGCAUGGCAAAAGAGGAAGACUCUAGUUGGAAAAAUGUCAAGAAUUCUAAAGGAGACAAGAGGCAAUUAAAUACUGGCAACAACGCUGCUUUACAGAAAGUCUUUGCCGAAAAACUAACUUCAGAUACAAACUACGCAAAUAAUGGUAUGCGUGGUGGAAAUAGUGGUCAAGUAUCUGGUGAUAUUGCGAAUGCAAUCAAAGCAGGUGUGAACGCAGGAGGUAGUGCAGGGUCAAAUGGUGGGGCUGGAGGAGCCAGUGGGGGCAGUACAGGCGGUGGGGGAGCAGCAGCUGCUGCUGGUGCAGGCAACCAAGCAAUAGCCAACCAAAUAACUGCAGCUGCAGCAAACGGAGCAGCAGGAGCUGUUAUCCAGGGAGGAGGAUUAGGAGGAGGUGGAUCUGCCGUAGCUGGAGGUCUUGCAGGGGAUAGGGGUGGUGGGGGAGAUAUUGGUGCUAAUUUGGCAUUGGCAGGAGCAAACCUUGCUCUAGUAGGAGCAGGACUUUCAGGAGCUGGCUCAAAAGCCGGAGCAGCCUUAGCAGCUGGAGGAGGGUCGUUGCCGGCUGGUGUUUUAGCAGAGUUGCAAGCACAUGGUGGAUACCAUCAUGAAUCAAGGCUUACAGGUGCUGGUGAACAGGCAAACAUCGCAGCGCAACAUGCAGCAGAAGCCAUCGCUCAUAACGAAUGGGGACACGCUGAGCGCAAACACGGCUUUGGGAACAGAUUCUUUGACUCUGCUUUUUCACAUGGUCUUCAUGGACACGACCGUGAUCUUUAUGGCCACCACUCACAGUUUGGCUUUCAUGAUGAUUGGGGAUUCGGGGAGCACGGGCAUUCAGAUUUUCAUCAUGGCGGACAUUUUGGUCAUGGCAGCCACGGCGGCCAUGAACAUGAUCACGAGUAUUGGGGAGACACCGAUCAUGGUGAGCAUGAAGAGCAUGAUCAUCAUGGACAUCAUGAAGAUGAUCAUCAUGAACAUGAAGACCACGAACAUGAAGACCACGAACACGAGCACCAUGAACACGACCACCAUGAACACAGUCACCAUGACCACGAUCACGCUCCUUUCUUUGACCAUGGUUUUCACCAUCAUGGUGGAAUGCGCCCGUGGUUUGGUCAUCAUGAUGACCAUCAAGGUGGUCAUCAUGGUGGACACCAUUCACAUUAUGACCACGACCACGAUAACCAUGCUGGACGAGUCUAUCACCUCACAGAUCCCAAUGAACUCUCUCACUUGUUACAUAUGGACGAAGGUAUGCGUCAUUACCAAAAUUAUUUCCCCCUUGCUCAUCAUGGUGACAUUGAUAUGCAUCAUGACCUUGACCAUUUUGGAGAAGGACCUGGAAUAGGCCCUAAUGGACUUUUCACUCAUGGAAUUUCAGAUGGCAUAAUGGGUCAUGGCAUCAAUGGCGACCAAGCAAUAAUGAGCCCUGGAGUUGGGGAUAGAGUUUAUUUUGGUCUUCAUCAUUCAGAUCAUGGACAUGGCUUUGGUGGUGGACACAAUGGGUUUGGAAGUGAUCAUGGCGGUGGACAUGGUGGUGGACAUGGUGGUGGACAUGGUGGUGGACAUGGCGGUGGAUUUGGCAGUGGAUUUGGCGGUGGAUUUGGUGAUGGGCUUGGUGGCCAUGGUGACGGAUUUGGUGGCCAUCAUGGUGGACUUGGAGGUCAUGGCGGUGGAUUUGGAGGUCAUGGCGGUGGAUUUGGUGAUCACGGUGGUGGAUUUGGUGACCAUGGUGGUGGAUUUGGUGAUCAUGGUAGUGGAUUUGGUGAUCAUGGUAGUGGAUUUGGUGAUCAUGGUAGUGGAUUUAGUGGCCAUCAUGGUGAUGGAUUUGGUAAUCACGGUGGUGGAUUUGGUGAUCACGGUGGUGGAUUUGGUGAUCACGGUGGUGGAUUUGGUGAUCACGGUGGUGGAUUUGGUGAUCAUGGUGGUGGAUUUGGUGAUCACGGUGGUGGAUUUGGUAAUCACGGUGGUGGAUUUGGUGAUCACGGUGGUGGAUUUGGUGAUCACGGUGGUGGAUUUGGUGAUCACGGUGGUGGAUUUGGUAAUCACGGUGGUGGAUUUGGUGAUCAUGGUGGUGGAUUUGGAGGUCAUAGUGCUGGAUUAGGUGGUCAUAAUGGUGGUGGAUUUGGUGGCCAUCAUGGUGGAUAUGGGGAUGAUGGUGAUGGAUUUGGUGGUCAUGGUGGUGGAAUUGGUGGCAACGAUCACGGUGGACAUCACGGAUCAUUCUAUGAUGGUGGACAUCAUGGGUAUGGUGGUGGUUUUGAAAAUAUUCUGAAUAGCCAUGGUGUGCACUACGGUGCUGGCCACCCUGCCUAUGGUGAUGGCUUUCAUGGUGAUUUGGGUACCUUGGAAGGAGGAUUUGGAGGACAUGGAGGUGGAAAUUGGAACAAUGAGGGAGGGUUUGGUGGUCAUGGAGGAGGUUUUGGUGGUCACGGAGGGGAUUUUGGUGGUCACGGAGGAGAUUUUGGUGGUCAUGGAGGAGGUUUUGGUGGUCACGGAGGAGAUUUUGGUGGUCACGGAGGAGAUUUUGGUGGUCACGGAGGAGAUUUUGGUGGUCAUGGAGGAGGUUUUGGUGGUGACGGAGGAGAUUUUGGUGGUCAUGGAGGAGGUUUUAGUGGUCACGGAGGAGAUUUUGGUGGUCACGGAGGAGGUUUUGGUGGUCAUGGAGGAGGUUUUAGUGGUCACGGAGGAGAUUUUGGUGGUCAUGGAGGAGGUUUUGGUGGUCAUGGAGGAGAUUUUGGUGGUCACGGAGGCGAUUUUAGUGGUCACGGAGGAGGUUUUGGUGGUCACGGAGGAGAUUUUGGUGGUCACGGAGGAGGUUUUGGUGGUCACGGAGGCGAUUUUAGUGGUCACGGAGGAGAUUUUGGUGGUCAUGGAGGAGGUUUUGGUGGUCAUGGAGGAGGUUUCGGUGGACAUGGAGGAGGUUUCGGUGGACAUGGAGGAGGGCUUGGCAGCCAUGGUGAGGGAAUUGGUGGGAGUUUUCAUGGCUUUGGUGGUGAUGGGUCUUAUAAUGGCCUGGACAGUGGCCAUAGUAACUUUGGGAAUAACCAUGAAGGGGAGUUUGGUGGAGGGCAUCACGCUGUUGGCGGCAUAUUUGGUGGUGGUCAUAACAUCGGAUUUAUUGGGGGCUAUGGACAUGGUCAUGAUCAUUUUGAAAAAAGCAGAAUUGGAGGUGGUAGAGAAGGCCAUCAUCAUAUGGGAGAAAGAAGGUUCGGACACCACUUAUUUGACGAAUUGCACGGAGGCAUGGAUAGUCGCGGGAAUUUUGACAAUGGUUGGGGCUCUGAUGGGGUAGGUUUUGGAGAGCUUCGUGGUCAUGGAGAUAAUGAUUGGGGAUGGGACAGCCAUCAUGGAGAUGACAACCAUCAUAGUGAAGGUGAAAGACACCAUCAUUCUCACCAUGGUUUUAGGCAUGGAGGCAGGAUGAUAAGUUCACAUUCAGAAGAUUAUGACCAUGGCCAUGGAGGCCAUCAUGAAAGCGAAGGAUGGGGACAUCAUGGGUGGGAUGGAGAUGGUUGGGGUCACGGAGAUGGUCAUUUUGGAGACGGUAACGAUGAUGAUGGUUAUGGGUGGACGGGGGGUUAUGGGGGUGGACACGGAGACAAUCAUGAUGAUCAUUAUGAUGAAGAUGGCUUUCAUGGGCCUGGUCGAGAUUAUCAUUCACGCGGUGGUCAUUGGCACCGAGAAGGUACUGGAGGAGAGCACCUGUUACCACAUGGCUACAAGAGUGAAGAACAUCACAGGGUUGACAGCAUGUUGCACCAUGAGUUAAAUGAACUGCAUCACUUGUAUGACAGCCUUUCCGACGACCACCAUCAUCAACAUACCCAUGGUCUGCCAGGUCCAGAGGAAAAAUUCAUCGACAGAGCAACACAUUUGGUGAUGUCACCAUGGAGUCGAACGCGACAUUUUGCCGAUUCGCUUGACAAGCGUAAAACAAUCUUAGACGAUAAUCACACAGGGGUUGAAAAUAGCAAGGAUCAUUUGCCAUUUUUGAUAACAGAGAAGGCAAGCAAAAAGAACUAUGGCUGGUCAUCCCAUCCGUAUGGUGGCUUUGGAAAGGCAGGAUGGCACGGCGGAGAUCAUAGUAAUCACGGCCAUAGCAACAGUGGUCACUACAACAAUAGAUAUGAUGCAGAAGUUGAUAUUCAAUAUGGUAACCAUGACAAUCAUGGUCAUGACGAAGAUCAUUACCACCAUCAUGACAGACAUCACUUCAACUCUCAUCGCAUUAAAGUUGUAUUAAACGGACCAGGAAUUCCCGGUCCAGCAGUAGACCGAAGAGCCAAGCUUUCAAGCACUGUAACCAAAAUGAACCAGUCCCAACAAGCAGCCAACAGUAGCACAACUGUUACAGCCUCAGUGAACAGAACUUUGGCAGAAACAGAUAAUUCAAAAACAAAACCCAGUAGUAUGAAACCCACUCAACGAUCAAUAGUUGCAUCAAAGUACACAAAUUACGAUGGUCACAACUUACAUGACGAUUUGGCAUUUGAUUGGCACCCUGGAAUUUCUGAAGUUCAUUACGGCGAUACUGGAAAUUAUCAUAAUGACGAACACGAAGAUGUUGAUUCCUUUGUGGUGCAGCAUGGCGCAGACAUUCACGGUGAUCGCGGUUGGCACGCAGGACAUGGAGAAAAUGGAUACGGAUAUGACACCGCGCGAAAUCAUGACAGCCAUGGAGUAAUAGAAGUCCAGCAUGGCGGUUACGGGCAUGGAGACCUCUACAGAGGAGAGGAUCAUCAUGGUGGUAACAGUGGGCAUGAAGGCCGUCACGGAGGAGAAAGUCAUCAUGGUGGUGACAGAAGCCAUGGAGGCCACUACGGAGGAGACCAUGGCCACGACGGACACGAUUAUCAUCACUAUGACCGCCAUCGUCACAAAGCCCAUCGCAUCAAAGUGAUACUUCAUGGACCAGGAAUUCCAGGCCCUGCGGUGGACCGGAGAGGAAGCCUUUCUGUUCCGUCUAGUGAGACAAGCACCUCGACGCAGCCAACUACUCAGCCCACUACAAUGGAAAAAUGUUCUGCUUUCCCUGAAACUUUUAGCCCUGCAAUUAAACAAUCAAAAAUAAGCCACACUUCACAAAGAUUCAAGAUAUAUAGGAGAAAAAGAAUAAGGAGAGGCAAGAAAGGAAAGUCUAAAGCAUUAGCUUUAGCUAGCAUCAAGGCUCAUAAAGAUUAUUCAAAAACCAGCAGUUCAGAGGUAAAGCCAGCAGUUCAUUUCCUAGAAAAAUUAAGCAAAUAUAAGAAGAAAUCUAGGUCAGAUAUGAAAAAGCUGAAAACCGAAAAGAUAAACAUAAACCUGAAAUCUUAUUACGAUAUGGACCACUACCCGCUGGGGUCAGUUCACGUGAUGGAAGGAGGACAUGGACACGAUGGAGGCGGUCAUGAUUAUGGUCACAAUCUAGAUUACGGUCAUGGGCAUGCCGAUUACGGACAUCAUGGUGGUGGAUUAAGUCAUCUUGGAACAGAUCAUGGUCACCAUGAUAUGGAUUACGAUCACCAUGGUGAUGGCUUUGCUCAUCUUGGAACAGAUUAUGGUCACCAUGACAUGGAUUACGGCCAUCAUGACAUGGAUUACGGUCAUCACGACAGUGAAUACGGUCAUCAUGGCAUGGACUAUGGACAUCACGGCGGAGGGUAUGGCCAUCAUGGCAUGGAUUACGGUCAUCAUCAAGAAGUCUAUCAUUCAGAACCGAUCCAUGUUGAAGAAGAACAUCACAACCAUGUCAUUCACCAUGUUGAGCCCGUGCCGGUUCCAGUCCCCGUACCUGUUCCAGUACCAAAUCCCGCCAACAAUGCCGCUUCCGUCGCAAACAAAGCAGCAGAAAAUGCAAUUAAGGCGCCUGCAGGUGUCGCUGUUACAGCCACGAAUAUGAACAACGGAGGUGCUCCGAGUAACGUCCAGGCUGCUCCUCAGGUUGUCAAUACAGGGUAUCCGGUUUACUAUUUGCCACCAGCGGCAAAACCCGUCGGGAACCCUUCCGUCAAUCUUGUCAAACCUCCUCCUCCUGCCAAUGGUCCGAAUCCUUACGAAAUUCUUACCUCUGAAACUUUAAAAGAAGCAGCAGGACAGCAACAGAAUAAUGCUGGCGCAGGCGGUGCGAGCAAUAGCGGUGGCGCUGAUACUAACAAUGGCGGAGAUAAUAAUGGGGGAGGAAAAGCAAAUAAUGACGGGAACAAAUCCGAUAACAAGAAUGAAAAUAAAAACAAUAAUACACCACCUCAGAUGAUAACAGGUGGCACAAAAACAGGAAAUAGGCCUGUGAAUACUCAAGUUGAUCAUUCUUCGCAUUCUUCACGAAGAAGUGACCAUAUUUACAGCAAAGAUAACUUGACACGCAAGAGAAGCUUGCUGAAGUAUCACAAUGUGUCAGUCAGAUUACAUAAAAACAAGACCUCUGCAAAAAACAUCACGGAAGGUAAUACAGACGAGACGAAAAGGUCAUAUGGACAUCCUUUUUUUGGAUUGCGAAAAAGAAAUAAUGGAAGGAUGUUGACGGGGAUUGGCGGCAGAAAACCAAUCAAGAACUACGAAUUUUACGAUGACAAAAAUGAGUUUGGCUGGUACAAGGACCAAGGCAAUAAGAAAUACCCAUAUGAUAAUUGGUUACCGCAUUAUUCAAACGAUGGUUAUGAAGAGUACCAAAAAGCGCCUGAUGCGAACGCAGUCGCACAUGCCAUGGCCACUCUAGAAAAACAUAUGAGUUCGUCAGAAGCACUGCACACAGAUAACAUGUUUAGACAUGAUUCAAAAGAACAUGGCGAGCAUCAUCGAGGAUUUUUGUUUAGGGGAAACGAAGAGCAUGGGGACCCCAACGGGGGACCAAAUGGCGGCAGCACUUCUCAUGAAGGUGGUAGCUAUCAUGAAGGUGGACGUCCUCACGAUAUUGAAAGCUCGCAUGAAGGACAGUUCCCACCAGGGUGGGGACUCUUGGAAACAGGGCAUGAAUCACGCGGACAAAGUGAAAAUAAUAGACAAAUGGACGAUGAUCACUACCAUAACAACGAGAAAGGUGGAAUGACAGAGAACUAUGGAUGGAAAACAAUAGAGGGACCAUCAUUGUUAGACCACCAGAAACAAAAGUCACGCGACAACUCUGGAGGCAGCGAUAAGUCUCACGAGAACGAAGGGUCACAUGAAAACAGAAAUGAGUCUGGGCGUGAGGGCUGGCUGCCUCUAACACCGCCAAACCAUGAAAGGCCAGAAUCACACGAGCCUGACGUGGGACAGAAAUCUGAGCCUGCAACCAACCACGAGGGAAGAUCUUCUGAAUCUAAUCCCCUUUCCCUUGCGCAACAAAACAUGAUCCAUCAUGAGGACGACAGAGGCGUUUUUAAUGGAGCAACUACGAAUAAAGAUGGUGUUAUCAAUGAUGAACAAAAAGCCCUUUAUGGGAAUGGCUACCAAGAAAACAGAGGGAAUACUGAAAAUCAUGGAAAUGGUGAUAAAAGUUUGGAAGCAAACCGCAAUGAUUAUGCUGAUUUUCCUUCAAUAAAUACAAAGCACAAUAACGAAGAUAGCCGAAACAGAGGCAAUUUUAUUGAAGGCACCUCCGCCAAACAGGAGAAUCCGAGAGAGAUGCCAAAGGAAUCAACUGAUGGAAAAGCAAACGAUAAAGGGUCAUUGACAGGUGAAAAUACAAUAAGAAUCAAUGUGGGCUAUCCACAUUACCACGUUGCCGACAGACAUAUCGAUGCUGCCUUGAAGGUACCACAUGCAGGUCCAGAAAGAGGAGGUGGGUUGUGGGGCAGUCAGCCAGGGGAAGGGGAACAAUACCAGGAAGAAAAGAAAGAGAAGUCCUUUGGCGAGACUCAAGUGCCGAACCACAAUGAGAAUGGAAUUCAGCACAACGACACUUUGCCGAAAUCAAAUAGUACCAGCCUAGUUCCAGGGAACUAUGCUUUAAAAUGCAACAUUAACACUGAAUGCCAACCAGCAAAGGAAACUGCGCAAAGCAACAGUCGGGGUGUUCAAAGAAAUGGAAGCGAGGAGAUGAUGAAAGUGACGAGAAUUCCAGUCACGAUUACGACGGGAGUAUAUGAUUCCAGAGAACUGGUGUCAGUUGAAGAGAAAACGUUUGUUAAAAAUUCAGGAAACAAAGAAAAUGUUAAUCGAGACUUUACAAAACGCGGAGGGUGGAAUAAUGCAUAUGAACACAAGAAGCGCAAGACACGGCUUGGGGCAGCAGGUGAAGAUGACAAAGAUCAUAAAGUGCCUAAAUUUAGGCGCAAGCUACAUCAUUUUAUGAAAAUCUUUAAGAUACAAAAGGCAAAAGACGGCAGAGACCAAAUGGUAAAGGGACAAAGUCUGUUGGAAGGAAAAAAGAACCAGCCACACAGUUUGAGCAAAGUCAGAAAAUUUGGAAACAAUGCGAAGUUAAGGAGGAUGUAUGAAGGAAAGAAAUAUAAAGAGAGGAAGGACAACAUUGGAGGUGACUUAGGAUCAGUACAUGGACACCCAGCGAUUUCGGAUGAGAAGGCAUUGCAUUCAACCCCCGAAGAUCUACUUGAAAUGGCGAAUGGUUAUAGGCAUAGGGCUGAAGAAUACGACAGCAAAGCCAAAGAGCUUGAGAAUAUGGCAGAAGUACAAGAUCAUCAACAUGAUCAUCACGGUGCGGUCUCACAGCACAACAUGGGUCAUGAGGGACCUGAAAGAGGGGGAGGCUUACAUGGGGAUGAUCACGGUGAAGGGGAACAGUACCACCACCAGCAGGGUAUAGGGCCAUGGUCAGGUCCGACGUGGUUCGGACCAGGGCCCUUCGGUAUGUCCCAUUUUCAGCAUGGUGGAAGAGAAGGAGGUCAUGGGAGUCAAGAAGGAGGUCACGGCGGUACGGAUGGGGAACAUGGCAGACAUGAGAGUCUCGGUGGCCAUGUUGAGUGGAAUGGUGGCCACGAAGGUGGCCAUGGGGGUGGAGGAGAAGGGGGACAUGGAGGAGGACAUGGGGGUGGAGGAGAAGGGGGACAUGGAGGAGGACAUGAAGAGGGUGGCGACGGGGGUCAUGGAGAAGGACAUGACAAUAACAUCAUACAUUUUAACACAGGCUAUCCUUUCUAUCAUGUACCUAGGCCACAUUCAUUACCACAAGUUGAGUACGACAAGCCACAUCCACCGGUGCAUGGCUUGAAUCCAUACGAAGUCCUGACAUCCGAACAAUUUCAUCGGCCGAUGCUUCCGGCCGGACACGGAAACCUGCCGUACGGAUCCAAUCAACGAACGCUGCAUUCGCGCGAGAUAAUUUCUCAGUUCAACAGCAGAAGAAACAGUGAAGCAACUGCAGGCGCUAAAACGCGCAGGUACAGUAGCCUUAUGCGGGAUUUCUUAACAGACGAAAAUGUCGCAAGUUUUUUGCUUAAAUGAUUGAGACAGCACGAGAUAUCGACAAUUUGAGAUGAACACACACUGUGAGCACAGAAUGUGAAUAUGCGUAGUAGAGAGAAGAUUUAUUCAAUGAUAAAUACAUGACAACAUUGCAAUUUUUAGAGGAAAAAGAAUAGAUGGAAAAAAGACCCUAAGUAGCCAGAAGAAAGCAAAAUUACCGAGAAACAUAUUCCUUAAGACGUCUUGUAAUUGUAAUGGUAACCGCAUGCUUACGAUACCCGUGUCCAUUCUGCCUACGGCAUUAAAUAAUGAUUUCUGUAAUCCAAUCAAAUGUUAACCAGAAAAUGUUGACCAGACAACCAUAUGGAAUAGAGGUACCUACGAACAUCUCAAUCAUUGAUUAUUGAGAACGAGUCCAGAUCCUCAAACGAAAUGACGUCCCUGGCAGCUAUACGUUUCUCGUGCAAUCCCGUUCACAGGCAUUCCUUUAGUUGAAGGGAACAAUACCCUGAUGAAAAGAAAGAGAAGUCCUUUGGAAAGAGACAGCAGCAAAACCAUAACGAGAAUGACACGUAGCGAAACUACGCCUUGUUAAAACAAACGGUGAAGGCCUUGUUUCAGGAAUUUCUGCUGGUAAAUCGGUUGAUGUGCUUUAAGAAAUGACAUGCAUUGUUUAUGUUAAUGUGUAUGAAUGCGUUUUGAUUCAGAGACUAGCUUUAGAUUACAAAAGCAAUAGCUUUGAGUCAUUUAAAAUGGGAAACUGUCUUUCAAUUCAAUCUUCAAUUAACAUGUACUUUUUCGUAGUAUUAGUUGAGUUUAUAGUAAUAUAAUACUAAAAUAAUUUUGUGUCAUAAUUUGUUCAGAAUGUGCGUAUCCAGUUGGAUUGUCCUUAACUUUGUAUCUGUACAAAUACUACAAAAGCAGGUUAAAAGUUCAUUAACAGAAAAGAUAAAAAUAGCGAUAUAAUGAAAAAUGCGCUUACCAGUACACGAUUUUAUGUAAAAAAUAUUUAAUGUUAUUUUGACACGACAUAUUGACUUCACAUAAUUGCGACAGAUGAAAUGAUUACACAUAAAAAGUUAAGAAUAUUGAUUCCUGUCUUUUUUUAUAUCAUGCAAUUAUUUUUGUAUGCUCUAAAGGGAGGCAAAGUUGCAAUUUGAUCUUUUUUCGAGCUUUUUCUCAAGCAUUGGGUCCUAUCAACAACACAAAACUGAGAGCAAUUUAAUUCAAGGCAAAAAAUAGAUGUUUGUAAUAGGUAUAAAACUACAAUUGGACUUAAACGAUGUAUGGAACUGAAACUUCUCAUGUAUACAUUUUGCCCUGAGUACUUUUCUAAAAACUUUACCUGCUGUUGAAGGAAGCACCUAACUUAAGUUAAGUCAAAAAGAAAAUAUUUUUUUAAAGAUCAUAACUCUUGUUUGAUAAAAUGCCCCUCUACAUUCCAUAAUUAUAGACUUGCAUGCAGUAAAGUGGCAAGGAAGUGCUUAUAGAUAAGAUAGCACAUUUAGCAGAAAAAAUUUGUAGAAUUUUCAUAUUUUCUUUGAAUAUACUAUAAGAUAUAAGCAAUUUCGGAAAAGAAUGCAUGGUUCUAAAAUAUAUUUAGUACUUUAGAUUUUUUAAAGGUACUUCAUAAAUUAUAAACUGAUUGGCCUUUGCUUUACAAAAUGAAGAAACACUAAGAUCUAUUUUUAUAUAACUAAGGUUUGCCGAUGACAUUUGUUGCAUCAAUGUCAUCUACAUCUUUGCAUACUUCAGACUUCAGGCUGAUGACUCGACAGCCUCUCAC